GCCACGGGCUCUGAGGAACGCCGGGCGCUUCGGCGACUUCUUCCCCGACCGCCUCAGCCCGCCGCCUCCUGCCCCGCCGCCUCAGCCCCCGGGAAGGUGGACGGCGCCGGCUUAGGUUACGGAAGCGGCCGGUGCCGGCGAGCAGGGUUCGAAAAUGCCCCGCGCGUUUCUGGUGAAGAAGCCGUGCGUGUCCACGUGCAAGCGGAACUGGAGCGAGCUCCCCGACGAGGAGCGCGGCGAGAUCUACGUGCCCGUCAGCCUGGGCUUCUACCCACCACAGCCCCGCCCGGAGCCAGAGCCGUCAGUGGCUGAACCCCCUUCUUGCCCGCUGGCUUUGGACAUGAGCCUUCGAAACUCCGGCUAUAGCAUGACCUCUGGACCCUGCGUGGUGGCCCAGCUGCCCUCUGAAGAUAUGAGCCGCCUGGCAGACCCCCAGAGCAGAGACCACGGCUUCCUGCGCACCAAGAUGAAGGUGACCCUGGGCGACAGCCCCAGUGGAGACCUCUUCACCUGCCACAUCUGCCAGAAGGCCUUCACCUACCAGCGCAUGCUGAACCGCCACAUGAAGUGUCACAAUGACGUCAAGAGGCACCUCUGCACCUACUGCGGGAAGGGCUUCAACGACACCUUCGACCUGAAGAGACACGUCCGCACCCACACUGGCGUGAGGCCCUACAAAUGCAGCCUGUGUGACAAGGCCUUCACGCAGCGCUGCUCCCUGGAGUCUCACCUCAAGAAGAUCCACGGCGUGCAGCAGAAGUACGCGUACAAGGAGCGGCGGGCCAAGCUGUACGUGUGCGAGGAGUGCGGCUGCACGUCCGAGAGCCAGGAGGGCCACAUCCUGCACCUGAAGGAGCACCACCCUGACAGCCCGCUGCUGCGCAAGACCUCCAAGAAGGUGGCGGUGGCCCUGCAGAACACCGUCACCUCCCUGCUGCAGAGCAACCACCACCUCUGAGCGCCGUCGGCCAGGCGGGGCCAGCCCCCUGCGGCCUGCCAGGCCGCCUCCUGCCGGAACACUGGCAAUGGGACUGGAGCCCCGCACUGACCUCUGCGCACGUCGGCCCUUUUGUAUUUUGGACGGAGGCCGAUCCAAACCUGUGUUAUGGGCAGACGGGCGUGCAUCUGGGCAGGGCCAGGCCAGGACUGCCUUUGAGGAAGCAGCACCCCCGCAGAGCCAGGAACUGUUUCCCGGAGGAGGUGGUCCUGUGACUUUCUGCCCCUGGAGCAGAGGGUGGGGCUGCUGGCCCCCCGUGGAUGGCAGGGUCAGGAGCACUGGCACAAAGCAUCGCGAGAGACGGCGGUGACGCUUGGCGAUGACCCGCCUGGCAGUGCUUCCGGCGCCCAGGGCUGCAGGGUUAUGCCCUCGGCGGGGCGCGUGCGCAGCUGAGGAUGUGCACGCCUGCACACACGAAGGCCUUUCCACGUAUCACCUCAUUUUAAAAAAUCCAAGACAAGGUGCCAAGGAGGUUUUAUUUCCUUUUUUUAAAAGAUGACAAAUGUAUAGAUAUUAAUAUAUUUUUGGUGCUGAUGGCGACUAUUUUUGAGAGGAUGAAGCUGGCUUAUCUCUCUCCCAUGCGGUUCUAUUUAUCCUGGACAUUUCACAUCCUCUGUGCUGUGCUCUGGGGUGGCUGCCCUGACGCCCCGAGCUUCCUACUUCCUGUGUCCUUCCUCUGGCCUUGCCUGGAGGAUGCACUGCCCUCUGGUCCCCUGUCAUGGAGACAGCACAUCCCCUCUGCUCUUCCCUCCCACAGCUCUGCCUCCCUCCCACUGCUUUCUAGGCAGCCUGGCCGACCGAGGGCCUUCUGAUAACAGAUUUGUGCAUAACAGCUCACGGUUGUGGAGGUCGAGGGCUUGUCCAGGUCCAGCCUCAGGGGUGAGCCAGGCAGGAGAAUCUUUGAGAGGCCCGGAGCCGUGGCCUGAAGCACAGGAGAGUCCAGGCCAGGCCGCAAGGUUAAGUAAAAAACCUGAGAACAACAGCAAAAAAUUGGGACAGAAUAAUAACCAGACACAUCAGAAACCUAUAGCGGGAGGACAGUAUUAGAUAGCUAAUAAGUUAUAUUUGUAGCCUUUUUUUCUGACUUUUUCAAGUAGCAAGGCUGGGUCCCGAGCCAGUGGCUCCAACUGAGGGACUCAGCCAGGCUCCCUUAGCGUGGCAGGUGUCCUGCUAAUAACAGGCACGGGGUGUGGGUCAGAGGGGAGAGCUGGGCAGGGGCUG